AUGGGAAUUAGGGACUCGAAUGAACAAAAGGCAAAGGGAAGCAGGGGAUGGUGGGCAUCGUUGAUGAACAUACGAACAUACCUCUUCGCUAGGGUCCAAGGAACCGUCCCCGUGGUAGAUGAUGGGGUAGCCACCGAUUGGUCCGCCGGGGCAGAAGGAGGCGACGAACCAGAGGAUGAAGAAAAGAGAGAGGGCAGGCAGCAACGGGCAGGAGGCGAGGCGGGCGGGUGGAGCGGAGACGACGAUGCAGCUGGCAGCCGGGGCGACGCCGAGACGGAGUGGCCGAGGAUUGGGGGCAGAUGGCGUGGCCUGUGA